AUGUCGGCCGUCGCGCAGGAUGUCGAUCGCGAUAUCAGCACCCCUGUCCUGUCCCAGGGCGAGAUAGCAUGUCUUGGCUUCACCGUGGCACCACUGGUGCUGCUGGCUGUCCAGGAUCAAUCGUUCAUGUUUGGAAUUAGGGUUACACCGGCCUCAUGUGAUUUCCCCGCUUUAAACUCGGCAUGA